AUGGCUGAUACAUCUCGCCCCUCUUCGACAACCCCAGUGGAUGUUUCAACGCCAGAAGGUUUGAGAAAACAUAUUCGAACCGUUUUUGCGGACUGGCCACUUUUAUCCAAUGAGCUUUCAAAGAUCGCUGAUGAGGAUCUGAGAGACCCAUUUCUAGUCUCUCAAUUACCAGGAGAGGCGCAAGUAUAUUUUGGUUAUAUGUGCAAUACAAUUAACGAUUCACUUGGUGCUUAUCACGAUAUUCAAGUGAAUUUCGAUGCAGAAUUACAAAAUGAGAUAGCAGCUCGACAAACACUAGAGUGUCGACCACAAAAACAAGCACAACUGAUUGCAAAAUUGCAGCUACAGUUGUCCCAGCUCCCUGAUUCAACAGCAGAACCAAGACACCUUUAUCAACGACGACAAGCAUGUCAACCCCCAAAACCAUUCAAGGCGGAAACUGCAAGCGCUCUCACACUACGGGACGAGUAUUGUGCCUGGAAGCAAGACUUACGAAUUUUCUGGGCUGUAGACUCGACCGCUUUCGAUAACGAGAGAACGAAGCUUCUUCACAUGGUCUCUUUGCUUAAAGGCAAUGCACGCCAAGAACAACGCCAAGAUAUUGAUGAUAUUAUUCAAGAUAAAUCAGCAUACACAGCCGCCGAAUUGUUCUUCAAGAAGCUCGAUAGUCUCUAUAUUCCAGACGAAAGGGAACGCGAGGCUGCACUUCAAUUCGACAAACUCAGGAUGAAAGAGAAACAGGAUUUUUCGGCGUUCUAUACACAAUUAGAAUACCUCGGUAAUGCUUGCUACAAGUCACCCCGAGGAAUGGUAUUAGCAAUGAAACAAAAAGUCACCGACGAAUUGCAGCUCAUGAUCAUGACGGACGUCAACCCAUGUGCUAACGACGAUCUGGAUGGUUGGAGAAAGAAAUUUCAGAUUUGGUACCAGAAUUGUCGGGAGCAUAAAUACUACAAUACCUCACCUACUACAUCGGUCUAUCCUCGCCCAUCUGUUGCUCCGGCUCCUGUCAAUCCCACUUCCCCUAAUGACGCUAUCAGACUAAACGCAUUCCGUACACAGAAUAGAGAACAGCAACGACAAAGAGAACUUCGCUUGGGCCUUUGCCACUACUGCAAGAAAUCUGGCCAUUCAGUUUGGAAUUGCGAGUCAAAAAAGCAGGCUGAUGCGCAGAGGUCAGCCAGGGGUUAUAUACCAGGAUUUCAAGGCGGUGGAUACAAUCAAGUUUCUGGUCGAGGUAAUUUUCAGUCGUCUACAAGAAGAGACUACUAG